UUUUCCCAUGCUAGCAAUAUCGUAUUUAAACCGAGACUCCUCAAAUUAUCUCGAAAGGGGAAAAUAAAUGAAACAUGUUUUUUUUUCUAACUGCCUUUGUCGGCACUGACGGCAACCUGACCCGGAAGCUAAUCGAGCCACAGACCUUCAUGAGCUACCGUCGGUGUGUUUCCUCUCUGGUCGAGUGGUGAAAAGAAAAGCCACAAACUUGAUGUUUUCAACCGCAAUUAAACAGGCAAAAGCCAAAGAAGGUGACAGAAGACGAGGGGUUUGUAUCUAAAGAAGAAUUGAAAAGAAAGAAAUGGAGCUUCCAAGCGCAAGUCCUGCUCACAAACGACACAGUGCAGAGUCUGAAGAGGACACUGCGCCCCAGCAGGAUUCCUCCGUUCCUGAGAGCCCGAAGAGAGGCGCAGGAGGAAAUGGCGAUGCCGGCGGCAGCGACAGUGGCGGCAGCAGCAGCAGUAGUAGCAGCGAGGAUGAAGAUCACGUCGCCUUGAGGAAGAUCCGGAGCAGCGUGGCUCACAUCACGAGGGCCACGGAGCAGAUGCCGCCGCACGACGUCGGACAACCCGACGCUUCCCCGUCCGGAAGCGCAGGCAGAUCCGGGGAACGAGACCGGGCCGGGUCCGGAAGCCCGGACCGGCGGCGGGGGCGAGACCGGUCUGGAUCCAGAGAACGCUCCAGAGGACGGGAGCGAUCGCGCUCCAGAGAGCGUCACGGUUCCGACAGAGGCCGGCACCCUCGGGAUCGUUACGGGGGCCAGCGGCGCCGCGAGCGAGACCGGCGGGGGGGCGGCCGCAGCCCCUCCCCGCGCUCGCAGCCCGCAUCCGCCAAUGAGCCGCCGACCAAGAAGAAGAAGGAGGAGCUGGACCCCAUCCUGACCCGAACGGGCGGCGCCUACAUCCCGCCCGCCAAGUUGCGGCUCAUGCAGCAGCAGAUCACAGACAAGAGCAGCUUGGCCUAUCAGAGGAUGAGCUGGGAGGCGCUGAAGAAGUCCAUCAACGGUCUGAUCAACAAAGUCAACGUGUCCAACAUCGUCAACAUCAUCCAGGAGAUCUUGCAGGAGAACAUCGUCAGGGGGAGGGGUCUGCUGUCGCGCUCGGUGCUGCAGGCGCAGGCGGCGUCUCCCAUCUUCACGCACGUCUACGCCGCCGUGGUGGCCAUCAUCAACUCCAAGUUCCCGCAGAUCGGCGAGCUCAUCCUCAAGCGACUCAUCCUCACCUUCCGGCGCGGAUACCGACGCAACAUCAAGCAACAAUGUCUGACGUCGUCCAAGUUUGUGGCUCACCUCAUCAACCAGAACGUGGCCCACGAGGUUCUAUGUUUGGAGAUGCUGACGCUGCUUCUGGAACGGCCCAACGACGACAGCGUGGAGGUGGCCAUCGCCUUCCUCAAGGAGUGCGGCCUCAAGCUUACCGACGUCUCCCCGCGCGGCAUCAACGCCAUCUUCGAGCGGCUGCGCAACGUCCUGCACGAGUCAGCCAUCGACAAGCGCGUGCAGUACAUGAUCGAGGUGAUGUUCGCCAUCCGCAAGGACGGCUUCAAGGACCACCCCGUCAUCCCCGAGGGCCUGGACCUGGUGGACGAGGACGACCAGUUCACGCACAUGCUGCCGCUGGAUGACGACUACGACGCCGACGACGUUCUCAAUGUGUUCAAGAUGGAUCCCAACUUCCAGGAAAACGAGGACAAGUACAAAACGCUGAAGAGAGACAUCUUGGAUGAGGGCAGCAGCGACUCCGGCGAGGAAGGAGACAGCGAGGACGACCAAGACGACCAAGACGGCGAAGAGCAGCAGGAGGGGGAAGACGAGAAGGUGACCAUCUUGGAUCAGACGGAGGUCAACCUGGUGGCCUUCAGGAGAACCAUCUACCUCGUCAUUCAAUCCAGUUUGGACUUUGAGGAGUGUGCUCACAAGCUCAUCAAGAUGGAUUUUCCCGACAGUCAGACGAAGGAGCUUUGCAACAUGAUUCUGGACUGCUGUGCUCAACAGAGGACCUAUGAGAAGUUCUUUGGCCUGCUGGCAGGGAGGUUCUGCCUGCUGAAGAAGGAGUACAUGGAGAGCUUUGAGGCCAUCUUUGCCGAGCAGUACGAAACCAUCCACCGGCUGGAGACCAACAAGCUGAGGAACGUGGCCAGACUCUUUGCUCACCUCCUUUACACCGACUCCAUCCCCUGGAGUGUCCUGGAGUGCAUCAAGAUCAGCGAGGAGACCACCACUUCAUCCAGCAGAAUCUUUGUCAAGAUUCUCUUCCAGGAGCUGUGCGCCUACAUGGGCCUGCCCAGACUCAACCAGCGCUUCAAAGACACGACGCUGCAGAGCUUCUUUGAAGGUCUCUUCCCUCGCGACAAUCCCAGGAACACGCGAUUCGCCAUCAACUUCUUCACCUCCAUCGGCCUGGGAGGACUCACGGACGAGCUGAGGGAACAUCUGAAGAACGCCCCCAAGAUGAUCAUGACUCAGAACCAGGAGGUGGAAUCGUCCGACUCCUCCGACUCCUCUUCGUCCUCCUCCGACUCGUCCAGCGAAUCGGAUUCGUCCUCGUCCAGCAGCAGCAGCAGCUCAGACUCGGACGGCAAACGCAAGAAGAAGAAGGGGAAGCAGAAAGGACAAAGCGACAGGAAGACGGCGACGAGCAGGAGGAAGCCGCGGGCGAAGAAGCCCGACGCCAGGGGGGACGGCAAAGGCCGUGGGCGGCGGGAAGGAGACGACCAGGAGCAAGAGGAGAGGGCCGGGCGCAAAAGGGAGCGGGACGAGCGGGAGGAGCGGGGGAGGGAGGACAGGAGCCGCAGGGAAGAGGACAAACGAGCAAGGGGCAGAGCGGAGGAGCGCAACAAAGAGAACCGAGACGGCAACCGGGACGACAGGAGGCGGCGCUGA